CCGUCUAUGCUCACCUCUGCUAGUUCCACUUCUCAUCAUGAUGACUCACCUACUAGUAGUUCUGCUCUGGUGUGCUGCAGGACUUCCUGGCCUCCUUGCAGCACCAUCUUUGCCGGCAGUCACCUGUGACAAAGAAAGCGUGUCGGCAGCUGCAAGACUUGGUGUCCAACAUAUCAACGGAAACCACAAGCAUGGAUUCAGGUUCAAGCUACAGGUGGUCCAGAGCAGCAAAUAUCAACAGGUUUCAGGAGGUUGCCACAUAGAUGUGAACGUGAAGCUGGAGCAGACCAAAUGUCACUUCACCAACCCCAAACCUGAUGACCAAUGUGAGCUGUGGAGACUGGAGGAACGGGGUGCAGUGGCCACCUGCAGCAUUGAAUUUUGGGUGAUGUGGGGCAUAGCCAAAGUCACCAAACAUGAAUGCACCACCAGACCAGAACUUACCAAUGAGGAGCUGGAGACAGUUUGUCCCACUUGCCCCAAGUUGUUGCCUCUGGAUGACCCGACAGCUUUGAAGGCUGUUAAUGAUGCUGUGGUCAAGUUCAACCGGGAGAGAAAAUACGAGAAUUACUUCACCCUGAUGGAAGUGGCUCAUGUGACAACGAGAUCUGUUGUAACUAUUGGCACGAUGACCUUGCUCAAGUUUGUCCUGGUUGAGACCACUUGUCCCAGAGAAGCUAGGAAUACUUUGGUAGCCUGCACGCCUCGUUGUCCGGACAGAGCUAAUCACAUCUUUUGUCAAACCACCUAUUACAACUUGCACAGACAAGUGGGAGAACUUCAGUGUGAAUUGUAUCUCCCAAAAAAUCCAGGCCCCCACCCGACUGAUGUGCCAGAGCCUGUUUGCGGCCCGUUGUUCCACCAAAGUCCAGAAGCUUGCGUUUGCAAGGCACGGCUGAACAAUCCCGACCAUGCUGUCCACCACAUUUGUCCCUUCCCACUCAAGUGAUGUCAAUUUGAGUGUAAUUAAAACGAAAAACUGGGCACUUA